UGCGCUCAUCUCACCCAGCUGAUAGUUUCACUUUCUUCCCAGUCUCAUUCAUGAUGCCUAUCCAAUGUUCCAGCCCUCCCCUCCUCAUUGUCCCGCUCUUCCUCUAGCGACAGUCUUCGCGUUACGCAUAACACUCUGUUACGAGUUCACAAUGCUGUCCUCGUUGCAGAAGGAAAAACAACGAAAUCCGACGACUCGGCCUAAUCCGCUUAGCCAGCGUUUCGUUCCGCUCCCGAAUCGGAAAAGUGCAUGUGUCAUGUAACCGAUGAUGCCUUUUUUUUUUUUUUUGCUUCUCCGUUUCUGUUUUUGUCUCGGUUCAACACAACUUUCCGCGCAACCGCGUCACGAUUUUUUUUAGUUUUAUUAUUUUUCUUUAGCUUCAAAAUCUUUUUUUUUAUCAUAUCCAUCCAUUCCUCUGCUCGUUCCGUGCGAGAAAUUGAAUGGCUGGGAUUGGGCAUGAAGAGGAAAGCCACGGCGAGACACGGUGACGACGUUGAAUCGGGUGGCCGUCAGCCCCCCGGGAUACCCGCUCCGCACAUGCCGGAACUCUGUUUGGUUUCAGCAAUUUUUAUACAAUUCAUCUGUACAAUAAUCGCCCUGAUGGGCUGGGACCGGGCAGGAAUCGGGCCUCUGUGUACUCUCUGUGAGCCACCCUACGCAAUAAGAUACACAAGGUUGAUUGCCGUGGGGAGUACAGCUCGUUACCGGUAAUUCUUGUCGGACUCAGGCGGACCGCAAGCACUCAUCAAUCGGCCUCGUCAAUGCGGCAUUGACAUGUUUUGACUCUGCGGUGAUGGGAUGAUUGCCCAUUGCACCGACCCUUCCGAAAGAAGUCGGUCCAAGACAGCGAGAGGAAGCUAGGCGG